UUGUCUUCCAAGCUUAACUUUACGGCAACGGGCAACCCAUUCCCAAUCGAAGGUUGUUGUCAUUGAACACACUGUUCCUGCGACACGAAUUCGUGAUGAGAAGCAUUUUCAUUUCCUUCCCAAAUUCGCCCGCACGUGAAUGAGAGUUUCGGCUCAGAGAUUGAUUUUUGAGCUACGAUUUCACACCGCAUUGCCAAACAUGGGUGCUUCAGAGUCUACUCUCUCAAGCGGAAAGACGCCAGAUGACAAAAUCACCACCAUAACCGAGCGGUCGGAAGCCUCUGACCCUAUCUUGGAGCGCCUUAAAUCUCUCAAAAUUACACCGCCCAUAUUGACCUCACCCCCAACAGAGGGGACUUUAACUGAUAUUUUAGUGAGGAAGCCUUCGUCGUCCUCAGUUUCAGUUGCUCUCUUUUUCACGAUUGAAUCAGCUACAGUCAAUCCGAAGGUUAUACUGGAGCUCUUCUCAAUAUACCAUGAUUGGCAGGAGAAAAAGACCCAAGAGAUAAGCAUAAGACAGGAGGAAAUAGAAAACAAAAUAGAAGUUGCAGAUGCUCUAGCGAUCAAACUUCUUCAGCGAUAUAAUGAUUCGACUUCUACAAUGAAGACUGCCUCACAACAUCUAUCCGGAGUUCAUUCAUUGCAGGUGGAAAUUGGAGAGCUCAAAGGAAGGUUGACUGAAGUUAUCAGCAACUGUGAUGCUUUGUGCAAGAGGAUUGCAACAGAGGGUCCAGAAUCUCUCGUGUCAUCAAUCAAACCUUUUGCAGUUACUACGGCUAAUCAAGAAACCUACUCAAGUUCAUCUAGUUUGCGGAUAGUUUCAAAAACAAAUCCACCUUCAGCAGAAGAAUAGUUAGACCAAUAGGUUUGAUUCUUGCUCAUAUUUUCAGAAGCUUCCUGCAUUCUUAUCGAAUGAGGUGCUCGAUAGUCUGAAGAACGGUUGGAUCACAUUCACUUGAUAGACUAAUUUUUUAUUGGGACCAUGUUUUGGAGGGCAUGAAACUUCUCAUUAAUUGGGACCAAGUCAUGGCAACCACAGAGCAACCCGGUCAUGUUACAAUGCUUCUAUGAAAAGGAGCUAUGAUGCCCAUCACCGACACGCACAUAUUGGGCUUGGUUGCUAAUUUGAGGCAAAAUAAUGAAAGGACUUGAUAACGGGCAUGUGAUCAGAUCUAAAGAGAUAACUUUUGUCUUUUUUUGGGUGGUUUUUUUUUUACAAGUUCACGUCAUUGUUUUCGACGAUCUCAGUUGCAGAAUAUUGCGGUAAUUUCAGUAUAAAAUGAGCACGUGAUCGUGUAAUUCAUUGUGUGCGACAUGUUGCCAUUGUCUUUAACGAUGUUAAACAAAAUAAAGAUAUAUUUUCUUGUGUGCAAAAUUGUUCAUAAAUAAUUAUGCACUCAAGUAUUAUUGA